UUUACUUCCGUUUCUCAAGUUCCGGUAAUGGAUGCCAAUGUAUGGCAGUCUAAUAUUUUUGCGAACCUAUUUAAACAUAAAGUCAAUAUGCAUAAUAGUUUUUUUAGAAUAAAAUUUGCACAUACUGGUGUAAUAUUGUGAAUUAUAAGCAUAAAAAUGAGUGACAGCCACGACGAAUCGUUUAGUGUUUUCACCAAAGUUCAGAUCAGUGGUGUAUUAUUCAAGAAAUCAUUUGCGCCACAUUCAAAUAAAUGGUCUAAAAGAUUUUUCAUUGUCAAGGAGGGGUUUCUUCUGUACUAUUCAGAAAGUGAAAAGAAAGUUUUUGAUAAGAAAGGUUGUUUCAACAUUCAUCCAAAAGGCGUAAUUCCAGUUGGAGGAUGCAUUAUUCAGGCAUCUACUGAACUAGGCCAGGACUAUGUCAUAAGAAUCACAAGUGACAGCUUUGUACAUGGUUCAGUGGCUCUGGGAACAGAGACACGAUAUGACCAAGAUCGAUGGAUACAAGUACUUCAGGAAGCAGCAAGGAUAACAUGGGAAAAUUCUCGAAUGGGAGAAUCAAUCAUUCGUGAUUUGGAAUCUCAGGGACUGCAACUUAACAAGGAAAAACAGUCAUAUGUUGAAAAAUUACAUGAAGAAACCAUUGCAUUGAGAGAUGAGAUUGACAAAAAUGAGGAACUAGAGAAGUUAAACAUGGCUUUAGAUGAAGAGAAACAACGUCUGGAACAAAUGAUUAAAGAAUUUCAGAAGGAGCAUGAAAUUAUGAAAUUAGAAUAUGAGGAAACAAUUGGAGCCAUGAAGAUGGUGCAGCAAGACAAAGAGGCACUUCAGAGUACAACACAGAGUCUUCUAAACAGUUUAUCAGAACUUGAAGAAGAAAAGAAGAAAAUCCUGCAGAAUCUACAUCAGCCAAAGGGUCAACACAGUAGAACAUCUCAUUCAACGCAGAAUUUGCAGGUUCAUUUACAAGGUAUUGAAGAGGAGCAGAGGUAUCUUUUAGAAGAGAAGCAAGAGGUAGAAGAGAGAUUUCAAGAAAAUGAACUGAGAGCUAAAGUUCUGGAAGAAGAAAAGAAAAUUAUUUCUCAAAACUCCAACCAACUACUAUCUUCUUUAAAUGAUUUGCUUGUACAGCAAGAUUUGCCAGAAGCUGAGUUGCGGCUGGAAGUUUCAGCUCGUUUGGAAGCAGAGCGCCGGUUACGUUUGGCGCAAGAUUCAGUACACCAUCUAGAGGGUGCACUGCAGACUGACAUAAGUCCAUCCACACUGCGCACAAAAAUACUUCCAGAUGUGAAGAAACUGCGUAAAUUCUUUGAACACAUUGCCGAAGAAGCGCGGUUGGAUGCCAAUAUGCCUGUGAUAAUGAAGAAUGCUGUGUAUGCCCGCAAAACAUUAGCUAAAAAGGCACGGUCCCAGAUGCUGGAACAGAGCAGGCAGGAAAAUGCCAAGACACUCGGGAUCGACCUUGAUGAUAUACCUACUUCUGAUGCACCUUUAAAGAGGUCUUUAUCAAUUAUGAUUUCUAAGAAAAGUUUAAAGCCUCAUCUUACUAGGACCACAUCAACGAGAUCCUCAAAUGGCAUAGCAUUUGGUAAUCAGAGCAAGAGUAGUGACUCUGAUGGUAAGUCACCAGACAAGGAAAAUCACCUGCCCACCCUUGAAGAUGGUGACCAUCUGUAGAAUGAAGGAGAAAGAAUUUAUGCAGACUCCUUCAUAGGCCUUGAACCAAAAUCUUUCACCUCAGUGCUGUACUGGGUAUGAUGCCUUUACAGGGGUUUCUGUUGCAUAUGGUUUCAAACUGUAUCUUUCCACAUUCCAUUUAGAGAAGUAUUAUUAUGUAUUCUGAGCAAAAAUGCAAUGGUUUAAAAAGCCAACCUUCAAAUUAAUAUUUUGUUUCAAAGAAGUAUAAUAUAGGUAUUGCCAGUGUACCUCAUAGAUAUAAAACUGUUAAAUACAGAUACUUUUAUUUUUAACUUUGUACUGAAAUGAAAUAUGGUACUGAAUCUGUAUUAGUUACAGCACCAGAAGGCCAUGACACAUCACAACAGAUGCUGUUUCCUUCAGUUUUCAUCUCUCUAUUGCAGAGAGAAAUGUUCAUCCACAUUCCUCAGAGACAGUUGCGCUAUUUCAAGUGGUCCACAUGGACAUCUUUUACUUCAACUUUUGAGACAUAAGCACUUUGAAACCUAGCUAAUUCCAAGGAUUAAGUUUAUGCAACCAUAUAUUUGGACUAACUAUGAAAGCUUGGUAAGAUGGUGAAAUUAUUUUUUUAUAUAUUGCCUAAAUUACCAUUUUUUGGUACUGUUUUGUGAAAAGCCAUUUACUGACUGUGAUAUAAAUUUCAAGAAAAAGUUAUAAAUCUUAGACUGCAUAUCUGGGUGUAUUUAUAUAUUACCUAUUUGACAGUCUUGAUAAAGAAUUUUUUCUUUCAGAAAAUCUGCCUCCUUUUCUAAAAAAUAUGAAGCAAAAGUGCCAGUAUAUUCUGUCCUGUAUGUACCGUGUACAUAUUUGUAGAGUCUGGUUAAUUUUAAAAGUGUCAAAUAUAUACACAGUAGUUUGUUUUGGGGGUUAAAAUUUUCAACUUUGAACACAUUUCCUUGCAUACUAUUUAUACUUUUACCCAUUCUACCACACAGAGUGUGACUACCGUAUACGCAGUAACAACAUUUAAUUAUAUCUGAAGUUGUGAUGUGUUUGGAACAGUGGAACCUCGCUUAACGAGUAAUUUGCAUAACGAGCCAAACAAAUUGUAAAAAAAUGACUCGCUUAACGGGCAACGUUUCACAUAACGAGUGACAAGAGGGGAAGUCCCGGAUUGUGUGCUUGCUACAUCAGUCUCUGUUUAGCACUCGUUCCGCUAGCAUCUUAGUGUC